GCAACCUUUAACGUAAAAAAAGCAAACGAUAGUUGUGCGUGUAUAUAGAAAAACUCUUCUUCGUUCUCUUAAGUACUCGCAGACACAUUGUCUCUCUCUCUCUCUCUCUUGAAUUUCUUCUUUGUCGGUUUCUGCUUCUUUCCCGUCAUUACCAACAAACACCUACACAAAAUUAAUCUUACAUCUCCCUCCAUGUAAUGGACCAAACGGACUCGUCCAUUCCCCCCGUUUCUUCAGUGAACGAGAUUGGAAACCCUAAUGUAGACGACCAUAUGAAUGGUCUUGAGAAUACUGCAAAUGCUCUUCUACCGGUUAGUGAGUUUUCUGCUAAGGCGUAUUUUACGUCUACUUCCAAUUCAACGUCCUUACAGGCUACUGAUGAAGUCUCUCUUCCCACCGGUGAGAGUCUACCGAACAUAUGCAUUCCGGUUACUCGUGAUACAAAUGAGAUAUCCUCUGAGUCCAGUCGUCCUCAAACUUUCCAAUCAGCCCAAGAACAAUCAGACUCAUCAUACGCAAUUAAUAACACUAAAAAGGAUUCAACAUUCGCUUCUCAUGAUUCCCAGUCUUCUGCUAGCACUCUAGCUGCAGCCGUACCUUCCCAGAAUGACGCUUCGAAUUCAUCUACAGCAGCAACAGCAACUGAUACUGCCGCUGCAGUACCUGCAGUUCCACAAAAACGUGGUCGUGGACGGCCACGAAAACAUCCACUACCUACUGUCGUGGUUAAUACAGAGAGUACGCAAGGUGCCCAGCCAAAACGGAAACGUGGUAGACCUCGAAAGUAUCCACUUGUCCAAAUUGAGAAAACACGUAUAGUAACGCUUUCUGCAAACACUCAGACAGAAUCUGAAUCGUCAACGACUUCUGCUGACAACAAAACGAAUUCCACAACGGAUGCUCCCGUAAAACGUCGUCGAGGCCGUCCUCGUAAAUACCCAGUAGAGCAAGAGGCCCCACCAAAAGUUACUCGUCCACGCGGUCGUCCACGGAAGCAAACGACGGAGGACAGCUCAGAAGGACCGGCAACUCCUACUUCUCAUCGUCGACGUGGCCGUCCUCCAAAACAACUUUCACCUUUACGGACAACAAGCCUUUCGCCUGAAAAGCAGCAAAAUUUGUCUCUAGACCUUUCGCCUCGCUCUCCUACAAGUCAUUUGCAGCCUUCAACCGAGCUUGGCUUCGAUGCUUCACCUACUCGCUCCCGCUUAACGCAAUCACCUUCGCUUUCCGUCUCUUAUCCCUACUUGCCUCGAGACCUUACCGCGAGCCUCCCUUUACCUCCGGCUUCUCCAUCACUCUUUGCUUCAUUAGAACCAGGAAGUCCGGAUAUCCAAAACAAAAUAACUGCUAGCAGUAGCAGUAGCAGUUCCAGUAGGCGUUUACGUUUCGAAGUGUCUAUUCCCUCAUCCCCAAAGAGAACAAAAACGGAUGAGCCGAGCACACCAACGAAUGCUGCUAGCUCGGCGAUUUCGAGUCCAGUAAAACAAAUGGCAGAGCCGGUAGGGUUUACCGGUGAUGCUCUUAAUGCUAACGAGGGAAUGGAAGUUGCCGAUGAAGACUUGGCCCAAGCGCAGGAAAUCAUCAUGGCUCGUCUUACAGGACGUACUCACAUUCCGCUUCAAAAUCACACGUCUCAGUAUCAGAGACUUUACCAAUGGUUGCAUCAAACAGUUACCCUGGGUGAAGGUAACUCAGCUAUAAUUGUUGGCCCACGAGGGAGCGGCAAGCGGACCAUGGUUGAUGAUGCAUUAAAAGAAUUAAGACAAUCAAGGAAGGAGUUGUUUUACACUAUUACUUUAAAUGGCCUGUAUCAAACAGACGACAAAACAGCAUUGCGGGAGAUUUCUCGGCAAUUAUCUGUCGAGCUGGAUGCAAGCUUUGGUGAUGACGAAUCGUCUUCCGCCGUCGAAAUGACGGAGUCGAGCUUCGCGGACACUUUGACAAGAUUGUUGGCAACGCUGUCCCUGCCGCGUGCGCUGGACGACGCGGCGGACGGCAUGUCUAUUUCAUCUGCCGUUGUGUUUGUGCUAGAGGAGUUUGACUUGUUUGUCCAACAUCCUCGUCAGAUGUUACUUUAUAACUUGUUCGAUAUAGCACAAUCGGGAACGGUGCCUAUUUCGGUGGUAGGUUUGACGACACGCUUUGAUUGCUUUGAGUCACUCGAGAAGAGAGUGAAGAGCCGUUUUAGUCAUAUGGUUAUUCAAGUGUCGCCUCCUAGUACAUCGGAAGAAUUCGGUGAACUUUUUGAAAAGGUUCUUGGACUGCCUGAUACGCGGCCUUACUUUCGUGAAUGGAAUCAGCGCAUAAAGCGGUUACUCGGCGAUCCCCAGUCCCAGCUUUCCCGCUGUGUUUUGUAUCACUAUACGCAUACGAAAAAUCUUCGGUCUCUUUACGCUGACAUGAUAGCACCGGUGCUGGCUCUGUCGCCUACGGAACCAUAUCUCAAAGACGGAGCCUUAUCCGACCCCAAAACCCGUGUUUCUGACUAUCUACUUGAUGCCAUACGCGGUCUUACGCUACUUGAACUUGCGUUACUCAUUUCUGCUGUUCGUUAUGAAGCACGAGACGUCCAGGCAUGCAACUUUAAUAGUGCGUACCAGGAGUACAAGGCUUUACACCAACGGUCGCUCAUCGAUUCCGCUGCUGCCGGCGCUCUCGUGCAUAAUGCUCGAUUGUGGAGCCGUGAUGUGGCUUUAGAAGCCUGGGAGAAACUCAUAUACGCAGGACUUUUGACUACGGUUCAAUCCUCAGCGAAGAAUGCUGGUAUGGUUGCGCGCGAAUGUCAGUUGUACUCUGCUGAAGUUGACUUGCAAGACUUGCAAAAUGUGCUGCGCGAGUUCCGUAAAAUUCCUUCGUACUAUCAUCGUUGGAUUCGUGAGGUAAUUUAAGCAUUCUCCUUGUUUAACGAUAAGUUUGAAGGCUUUCAUGAAAUGCAAAUAAAAGAGUAAAACAAUGACGACCGCUGUUGCUGUAUCUUUAACGACAACACUUCCUUUAAGACAUUUCAAAGAUGUAUAUAACUUCUGUUACGCCCCUGUUAUUCCUUGUUCUUUCCUCAACUACUAAUUGUAGGAAUGCGUUUAAAAUAAUUGACAAAAUGGUAGCUCACUCAGGCAGCGAAUUGGACAACUGUUAGAUGCUGCUGAAAAUUGUCAUGUGAGUGCAUUUACUAUGUAGUAUUCCAUUUCACUGAUCUGUAGCGUUUCUUUGUAUUGAAACAAUCUCGUAAUUCUCUGU